AUGAAUUUCCGCAACCUUUUCCUGUCCCUCUUCUUGGUCUUCGCGGUCGGCUUUGCGCUGGUCCAGGCUGAGGAUGAUAAGCGGGAGCCCCGUGGUCCCAAGAUCACCAGCAAGGUCUACUUCGAUAUCCAGCAUGGUGAUGAGUUUCUCGGCCGUGUUGUGAUGGGUCUGUACGGCAAGACCGUCCCCGAGACUGCUGAGAACUUCCGCGCUCUGGCUACUGGUGAGAAGGGCUUUGGUUAUGAGGGGUCCACUUUCCACCGUGUUAUCAAGGACUUCAUGAUCCAGGGUGGUGACUUCACCAACCACGAUGGCACUGGUGGCAAGUCUAUCUACGGCAACAAGUUCAACGAUGAGAACUUCAAGCUCCGCCACACCCGCCCCGGUCUUCUGAGCAUGGCCAACGCCGGCAAGAACACCAACGGCUCUCAGUUCUUCAUCACCACCGUUAUCACCGGAUGGCUCGAUGGCAAGCACGUCGUCUUCGGUGAAGUCCUGGAGGGCUACGACAUUGUCGACAAGAUCCAGAAUAUUCCCGUUGGCGGUGGCGCUAAGCCCCAGCAAGUUGUGAAGAUCGUCAAGAGUGGCGAGCUCGAGAUGGAGGCCGAGCCCGAGUCCGAGGAUAAAGGUAGCCGCGACGAGCUGCUGAUGCGUGGUUUACUCAAAGAAUACGACGACUACCCGACCGAUACUACCGCCUCUGUGGCCGACACCAGCUCCUUCUCGAUGCAGCCAGUGCUUAUUUUCCUCGUCCUCGUGGCCAUUGUUGGAUUCUACCUUUACCGCCGCCGCAGCCAGCAGGCUACUACUGAAGAUGAUUACAAGGAGUAUCUGUAG